CUGGAAACAACGGUUCGUCCACUUUUGUCCAUUGGCUUCUUAACGGUUUGUACUCUUUGAUCAUCUUAGUCUUCCACUAGUUCCUCUUCGUCCACCAUGAUUGUUCCAAAGCGUCCUCAGCAUUCACUACCACCACCACCCAUCUCACAUCCAGCAGAGCUGGCUUUGAAUCAUUUCUCUCUAUCUUCUGCACCAUUAUCACCUCCAAGUUCACCACCACGAACCCAUAGACCUUCAAUCUCGAAGCCAAUGAUCUGGCUAACUCGCAAUACGAGCUCUUCCUCGAAUGCUUCACAUUCCGUCGCAGCUGCACCCAAGCCUAUUCGCAUCUCAGAACCCAGGUUUGACAGCUCCUUGGAGAUCUUCAAUGUCAAACGCAGUGGGCCUCUUGGGAGCGGCGCCAUGGUUGUGAGGACUCCGCGAGAAGCGCUGUCUGGUACGAGCGCUCUGUUUGGCAUUGAAGAUGAUGGUAGACAACGAGAAUCGGUUUCUGAAGCCCCCUCUGAGGAGGAAAUGGGCUUACCUGCACUUCCAGAUGAUCCACCACCUCUGCCGUCCAAAUCUUCCCUUGAGUCGACGACUACACUCGCCUCGACAAAUAAUAGCUCAUCGAGUCUUCCGGUGAAAGAGACAUCCGUACCGCCAUGCCCAACCCGUCCACCUCCCCCACCGCCAAUCACCACAUCCACAACCCCUCGUCCGGCCAUUAAGGCCAGGGCCUCUUCAUCCUUGGCAGAAAAUCUGCCACCUGUCCCACCACUUCCUGUCAACGUCUCUGCUACGCCACCCCAGCCUCCUUUCGAACCUAUCCUGCUGUCCCCUGUCCCUAGCAGUGCGAUUGAUCCUUCCAAGAUCAUUAUUACUAUAGAGACAAGUUCAGCAACACACCGUACGACACUCAGCACUCUUAUUUCAAGGCCUUCUUACCUCUCGGGUUAUGUCACCUCCCUCUUGCCACGGAAAUCAGUCGCGGCAUCGUUGUACUCCAAUGCAAGCGAUAUAUCCGAGCUUCCAGACAACUCGUUCAAUGCUAUGUUUCAUGAUCACUUAGCGUCUUCCGGUUUAAUAUCAAACAUGAAUAUACAUGUUUUUCUCGACAGGCCAAGCGCUCCAUAUGCUCACAUCUUAUCAUACCUCCGCACCCCCCUCUCCACUUCUGACAACCCUGCCAUGAUUCCAAGAGCCGUUCAACUUGCGUCCUCGUCACGGGCAAGACUCGAGGCCCUACUCGAGCUUCGUGACGAAGCCAAUUAUCUUGGUUUGGACGAGCUGUUCAAGCUAUGCAAUGAGGAAAUAUGCAGCGGGCGUAGUAUGACGGUCCAUGCACGCGCCGGAAGCAUGAGUAGCGCAGCUUCCAUCCACUCCCUACACACCGUCCAGGAAGACGGCGAACCACGCGAAAUUGGUCGUUCAUCUUCUCGCUCUAGCGGGAAACCGACGCGGGUAGCACCUCCGCCAGGUGCUGCACCUCUUGAACGCAGCCGGAGCAGAGAGAAGCGAGAAAAUACCCCGAACUCACGACAUGUUGCAAUUACGUCCUGGAUAUGAUAUAUGUGAUGAUUGACAUGACCUUGACUUUCUUUUCUUUCGUAAUUGUCUGACUUAUCCACGAGCAUCUUGCAUAUUGAUCACAUACAUACUUAUUCACACUCAUUCAUUGUAGCAUGAUAUCUCACCGUUAUUGUUAUGAUAUUGUACAGUAGGCUGCCAAAUCCUUUGAUCCAAGAUUCGCAA